AUAUAAUAAGCCCAAAUCAGAAUCGCCUAAAUCAUACGAUAAUCAUGAGUUUUGUUGACAAAAACUCAUAUUUUUAUUCAUCUUUCAUGGUUUUACUCUCUUGUGCUAUAAUAGCAAUGCAGUUAGGAGCGGUAAGUGCUGGCCACAGAAAGGUUGUUAGGAUUCUUGAUUUGAUCCCACCAAAUAACAAUGUCCAGCCUUCUGCAGGAGAAGUAUUCGCGCAUUGCAAGUCUAAAAACAAUGAUUUAGGGGUGUGGAAUAUGACCCAAAAUACUGAGAGGGAAAUCCACUUCCGCCCCAAUAUUUGGAAGACUACUCUUUUCUGGUGUGACUUUCGUUGGGGUACAAAGGCCCAGGGCAUCAUCGUAUACGACGCCAAUGAUGUUUCAUGCAACGGGGAAAGGUACUGCAAUUGGAACGUGAAGACAGAUGGGUUUUACUUUGCCAAAGGGGAGUUUCCUAAAGAAGGCGAUUUUACAAAGAAGUCUGAUUGGAGAGGCGCUAGGAUACACCGUCAUAGCCACCACCGUGGGCGCAGGCAGCGCCACUAGAUCAAUGCAUGCGGCGGUAGCC